GCUCCCGCUCCCCCUCCCCCUGUUUUUUCUUCUCUCUGCAAAAAUCCAAUAAGAAAUCCUAAAGUUUUAGUUUCUGUCUUUUUCGGUGUGCAAUCGAUUCGUAUUUUCCUGUCCGAGAUACUUGAAUCUGUCUGGUUUCUUUUAAAAAAGGAUGAACCUCAGAAUCCCCGGAGCUAGGGUUCUUAUCAGCUCGGGAGCCACUGGUGUGGGCGUGUAGCCAACAAAUUGGUGUUGGUUCUCCAUUUCCUCAGACUAUAUGGCUGAGACGGGAGAUGCAAGUCGCUUGCCAACAUCCCUUGAUGUGCUGGCUUCAGAUGUUCACUCCAGGCUGGAGUUCCACAGGUAUGCCUUCAUGGACUGUGUUGGCAUUAAAAAUGCGCUUCACUGUGUCAUCGAAGAAAGGGAAAACCUCCAGCAACGACAGAAUGCGAUUGACCAACUGGUUGCUGAAAAGGACAGCCUCACUAAAAAGAAUGAAGAGCUCGCAGCAGAGCUUGAAUCUCUGAAGGAACAGCUCCAAGCAAGGGAAUCGAGCGAUCAACAGCAGGGAAGUGGUUUUCAGCAGAGCCACUCUGGAAUGGCACACCCAAGAUUAAUGCUGAAAAGGAAACGGCAAUCUGGAGAUGAAGAUGUUGAUGAGCAUGAGCUUAUGGAAGAUCUUUCCGUUAUAGAUAAUCCUGAUCAAGGUUUAAACACUGAGCUCGAAGCUACUAGAAAGGAAAUUUCUGAUAUCCACUCUAAGCUGAUUGAGGGGUUCGCUGAUCUUAGUACUACUGGAGGAAGGAAUAUCGCCCUAAAAAACAUAGGGCAAUUGGAUGACAGGCCAUUCCUGGCGGCAUGCCGUAAGAAGCUGCCUGCCGAAGAAGCACAAGAAAAAGCUAAAGAAGUACACCGUGUUUGGCAGGGGCAUAUACAGAACCCAGAGUGGAAUCCCUUCAAGACUGUCACAGUUGAAGGUAUCCCGAAGGAGAUUAUCGAUGUCGAUGAUGACAAGCUGCAAGGGCUAUGUGCUGCAUGGGGUGAAGGGGUGCACAAGGCUGUGGUGAGUUGUUUGGUAGAAAUUCAAGAAAGUGGCAGGCUGGGAGAUAGAAACAUUGUACCCGAGGUCUGGAAUUACAAGUGCAAGAGAAAGGCCACUCACAGUGAGAGCAUCGAGUACUUGUUCGGUCAAGUGAAGCGUCUGAGUGACGUGAAAUCCAGAACCCGCAGCGCAAGGUGACCUUGUAGAGGUGUGGUGGUGCAACAGGAUGAUGACCCACAGUGGCUAGGUAGAACCUGUCUGAAGGUGAAGAACUGAAGACUGGAAUUGUCAAUGAAUCAUAUCGCAGAACAAUGUUAGGAUUUAUGUGUUAUGUAUCUGUUUGGUACCAUUUAUAACCUCUGGUAGAGUGCCGGUAUUAAGCUUUUGCGUGCAACUCUUUUACCAGCAGAUCAGCUAUGUUUCAGUAAUCUGGUAGACUCGGGUAUCUAGCUUAGUGUGAACUCUGAACUUCGAUAUUUAACGUGCAAGACAUUUCUAUGAAUGGCUCAAUGUUUGAAGUAA